GGUAAUGGAUGGGCACAGAGCUGGCUGACUAAUAGUAGGCGUUCAGGAUCACACUCAGGCAAAGGGAUGUGUGUGUGGAGGAAAGUGACUAGAGCUUCCAGAGAGUAGAUCAGAGGAAGCAGACAAUAGACUGACACCAAUGGGACAAGUGGGCUGGAUGACAGUGGGCAGCAGGAGCUGAUGUGCCCUGUGCCACCUUCUCCUGGUCAGCUGCAGGACAGGUACUGCACCUUACUGCCCAGCUCAGGACAGCCUGCGUCUGCAGCAGCGACACCGCCUCUAAUUGCCAAGAUUGAUUCCUGCUAUUUAAACCUGCGAUUGUAAUUGAAGGCUGGAUGGUGAGCACUUCGCCCCCUGACCAGGCAGAUUGAGCCAUCAACCUGACCAAAGAAGUUACUGGAGUUGUCACCUGUAGAGAUGGCCACCAGCCCACUAACAGUAACUAAUGACAUUCUCCUGACCUCUCCUCCAAGCACCUACCAGCAAGACUCCAUUGGCCAGACCAGAGUCACCCACUCCAGCAUGAAACCAAACCAAGUCAGCCAGGUCAUUCUUUAUGGUAUCCCCAUCGUCUCACUGGUCAUCGAUGGUCAGGAAAGGCUGUGUCUUGCUCAGAUCUCAAACACCCUACUAAAGAACUAUAGCUAUAAUGAGAUACACAACAGACGGGUGGCCUUGGGCAUCACCUGCGUACAGUGUACCCCGGUGCAACUUGAAAUCCUGAGAAGGGCUGGGGCUAUGCCCAUAUCUUCUAGAAGAUGCGGCAUGAUCACUAAGAGGGAGGCAGAGAGACUGUGCAAGUCCUUCCUAGGAGAGAACAGACCCCCAAAGCUCCCAGACAACUUUGCAUUUGAUGUCACUCAUGAAUGUGCAUGGGGCUGCAGGGGGAACUUCAUCCCAGCAAGGUACAACAGUUCCAGGGCAAAGUGUAUUAAGUGUACCUACUGCAACAUGUACUUCUCUCCAAACAAGUUUAUCUUCCACUCACACCGAACACCAGAGGCAAAAUACACCCAGCCAGAUGCUGCCAACUUCAACUCUUGGAGAAGACACUUAAAACUCACAGAUAAGACUCCUCCAGAUGAAAUGGUGUUUGCCUGGGAGGACGUCAAAGCCAUGUUUAAUGGUGGGAGCCGGAAAAGGGCUUUAUCUCAUGGACACUGUCACUCACUGAGUUCUGUAAAGUCGACCAAUGGGGUCUUGCCACAUAUGAUCGGUCAAGAUCUCAACCAGAAAAGGCCACGGUUUGAAGAAGAGGAAGAGAUAGAGCCUGCUAACAUCCCAAGCAAGAGCCAGAGAAGUUACCCAGUUAUCCCAGUCCCUAGCAAAGGGUUUGGUAUGCUGCAGAAGUUCCCUGGAAGCACCCUCUUCCCAAGUCCAUACACCUUCCCUGCCUUUGGCCUGUGUCAGAAGAAAGAUGACACAGAGGCAGUGAAUGGGCAGAAAACCAGCGCACUGUCAGGACUGUUCUGGCCUGGUAGGAAAGAUGCAUUUUAUCCCCCUUUUUGUAUGUUCUGGCCACCAAGAACCCCUGGUGGUCUCCCUGUCCCUACUUAUCUCCAGCCUCAGCCCAGUGCCCUUACCUCCAUCACAGACAAUCCAACACUCAGACAGGCCUUCUUGGAACUGGCUGACCAGAGUGAUGCCAGCAGCCUCAGCAACACUGGAGACAACCUGUUUGAGACUGAGUGCUCCAGCUCUCCAGCAUCUGGUGACAUUAGACCUUCACCUGAGGCCAGGGCAACAACCACCUUGGAUGUACCACCGUUCCCAAUCAGGAAACAAAGCUACCACUCAGCCUUCAGGCCAGUGGUGAAAGACACAGAGAGCAUUGCCAAGCUUCAUGGCAGCAACCUGGAAGACUUCCCAAGUGAAAGGCACGUCUCACCCGGAACCAGCUGCAGCUACCAAAGUGACAGCUCAGACUCCGAUGAAGAGCAGGACGUAGACGUGGAAACCAACAGGCAGCCUGGAGAAGAAGAAGAAGAAGAGGAGACCCUCAGCAGCCAGUUUCUACAGAGCAGGGGGUUAGCAGAGAGCAGUGAAAAAAACUGCAAAUCCAGAUCCCCCUUCCCUGGGUCUAGAAACGAGGCCCAGGCAGAGAAAACUGACAGCACGGAGCAUCCUCCGUCCACCCCAAAAGAUUCCAGCCCCCGUCAUACAUCACUGGAGGAGCCUUGCUACAAAGAAACGCAAAAAAGCAAAGACGACACUGGCAACUUAUCCUCAAAAGAAGAUUUGUACCCAGAUAAAAGCAAGGAGAUGCAUCUAUACGUGGCAGAAUCCGACACGUCCGGCAGUGAAUUCUGGAGAGAAAUACCAGGAGAAGCCAGUCAGGAAAACAGCACAUCGCACCCACUGAAGAAGGACGUAGGAAGUAUGGGAAAAGAAGAACUACAGAAAGUUUUGUUUGAGCAGAUAGAUCUGAGGCGGAGGCUGGAGCAGGAAUUCCAGGUGUUAAAGGGGACCCCGUCCUUUCCCGUAUUCAAUAACUUCCAUGACCAAAUGAAGCGUGAGCUGGCGUACAGAGAAGAAAUGGUCCAGCAGCUACAAAUUAUCCCGUAUGCUGCAAGUUUAAUAAGGAAAGAGAAGCUUAGUACCCACCUGAGCAAAAGCUAAAAGCCGAGACUGCAGCUGCUGCAACAACAACACUUUUUGUAAAAUAACCAAAUCCUCCAACUUGUAUAAAUUCCGAAAAGCAAAGAAAUCUGGUUGGGACAAAUGGCUCAAUGACUUCCAAGGACCUUUAAGUGAUCAUAGACACUUUUCUGUCAUUGCAUCUAGCAGCUAAUUAUUAGUAGACAACAGAAAACCAUGUCUGUGUGGACCUACUGGUGGAACCAAAGUACGUGUGACCAUUAAACAUGCACUAUACCUCCGGAGGACAGGACGUUGUCUAUGACGCUGCUACCGGAGGUGGACAGCGGCUGCACUUAAUCUGGAUACUGAAUCUCUAGGCUGCAUUAAGAACAAAACUGUAUUCUGCAUCCACCGCUGAUCAAAUGCUGCUGUAGGACGGGCCAAGGUCAAGUUUACGUCUCCGGCCCCAAUGAUGUCCGGCGUUGGCCCCUCCGUCAUCUUACUCUGCCUGCUGUAUGGGUUAAACUGUAUCAUUCUGGAAAUAUUUUACAGUUUAAUAUUAAGUGUAAUUAAGAAUAUAAUCUGUCAUCCCAAAAGUAUUUAUGACUGUUCUUGUAGUUUCUUUAAUAUUUAUGUGGACGAGAAUCUAUAAUAAAAGCUAUCAAGUGUUACUUGGGUUUUCCAUCAA